GGUUGCGCAAGGCGGGGACCCGAGAAUCGGAGAGGGAUGCGCCGGGCGUUGUCUCCGGCCCGCCGCGGCCGCCGCCAGAAACCCCAAAGGAGCUGAAGGAGGCUACGCCGAAGCGCUGGCCCGGAGUGGCCACUGUUACAGCCCCCGUGGCGGGCUAGGGCGCUUGUCCAGUUUCUGGGCCGAUUUCGUUCCAGCGCCUCAUCUCCCGACCCGGAGUCCGCCCCCGAGGCCCAGCCUCGCUCCGGGGUCCCAGAUGACCACCGAGGGCGGGCCCCCGCCGCCCCCGCCGCGCCCGCCGCCAGCCCCGCUCCGCCGCGCGUGCAGCCCGGCCCCCAGCGCCUUGCAGGCCGCCUUGAUGAGCCCGCCGCCUGCCGCCGCCGCCGCCGCCCUGGAGACCACCUCGUCGUCGUCCUCCUCCUCCUCCGUCUCCUGUGCCUCGUCCUCUUCCAAUCCGGCCAGCGCCUCCUCGAUCGCCUGCAAGAGCGCGUCUGGCGGCGGUGGCGGCGCGGGCGCCGGGAGCGGGAGCACCAAGAAGGCGAACUCGGGGCUGCGGCGGCCCGAAAAGCCGCCCUACUCGUACAUCGCGCUCAUCGUCAUGGCCAUCCAGAGCUCCCCCAGCAAGCGGCUCACGCUCAGCGAGAUCUACCAGUUCCUGCAGGCGCGCUUCCCCUUUUUUCGAGGCGCCUACCAGGGCUGGAAGAAUUCCGUGCGCCAUAACCUCUCGCUCAAUGAGUGCUUCAUCAAGCUGCCCAAAGGGCUCGGGCGGCCCGGCAAGGGUCACUACUGGACCAUCGACCCGGCCAGCGAGUUCAUGUUCGAGGAGGGCUCGUUCCGCCGACGGCCGCGCGGCUUCAGGAGAAAGUGCCAGGCGCUCAAGCCCAUGUACCACCGCGUGGUGAGCGGCUUGGGCUUUGGGGCCUCGCUGCUACCCCAGGGCUUCGACUUCCAGGCGCCCCCGUCGGCGCCGCUCGGCUGCCAUGGCCAGGGCGGCUAUGGUGGCCUUGACAUGAUGCCCACAGGCUACGAUGCCGGCGCAGGGGCCCCAGGCCACGCGCAUCCGCACCACCACCAUCACCACCACCACGUCCCGCACAUGUCGCCCAACCCGGGCUCCACCUAUAUGGCCAGCUGCCCGGUGCCCACAGGUCCUGGGGGCGUCGGUGCUGCCGGGGGUGGCAGCGGCGGUGGGGACUACGGGCCGGACAGCAGCAGCAGCCCAGUGCCCUCAUCCCCGGCCAUGGCGAGCGCUAUUGAGUGCCACUCUCCCUACACGAGCCCUGCUGCACACUGGAGCUCCCCUGGCGCCUCGCCUUACCUCAAGCAGCCGGCCGCCCUGACGCCAAGCAGCAACCCCGCGGCCUCUGCAGGCCUGCACUCCAGCAUGUCUUCCUACUCUCUGGAGCAGAGCUACUUGCAUCAGAACACUCGGGAGGACCUCUCAGUGGGACUGCCCCGUUACCAACAUCACUCUACUCCAGUGUGCGACAGAAAAGAUUUUGUCCUUAAUUUCAAUGGUAUUUCUUCUUUCCACCCCUCGGCUAGUGGUUCAUAUUAUCACCAUCACCACCAGAGCGUGUGCCAGGAUAUUAAGCCAUGUGUCAUGUGA